GACCCGCGGGGGGCGGUGCUCGGCCCGCGCAUGCCCAGUGCCGGCCCGUCGGCUCGCCACGCGCGGUUUCCCCGGUUGCGAUCCGCCGCGCUACAUGGCGGCCCCCGGAGCCCCGGGGGGCGCCUUCCUGAAAGAUGUUGUGGCCUAUGUUGAGGUGUGGUCUUCCAGUGGGACAGAAAAUUACUCAAAAACGUUUACCAACCAACUCCUGGAUAUGGGGGCAAAGGUUUCAAAGACUUUGAACAAACACGUAACUCAUGUCGUUUUCAAAGAUGGGUACCAGAGCACUUGGGACAAAGCCCAGAAGAGAGGUGUGAAGCUGGUGUCCGUGCUCUGGGUGGAAAAGUGCCGAACAGCCGGCGCGCGCGUGGAGGAGUCCCUGUUCCCGGCCGCCAACACCAGCGAGCUCCUGCCGGGCCUGAUGCUGAGGAAGCGUAAGUGUAUGCAGCCCAAAGAUUUUAUUCCUAAAACACCAGAAAAUGACAAAAGACUUCAAAAGAAAUUUGAGAAAAUGACUGAAGAGCUACAAAAGCAAAAGACAAAUCUAGUUAACGAUGUGCCUGUCCUCUUAUUUGAAUCCCAUGGCUCCUUGGUGUAUAGUCCCACAACUAAAAUCAGCACAAUGGAGAAGAGACUACAGGAGAUGAAGGAGAGGAGGGAGAAUCUUUCCCCUACCUCUUCCCAGCUGACUGAGCCGUCUCACGAGAAUCCAGGUAACUCUGGGUGCGAAGCAUCUUUGAACAUCUCACAUGGUUCUUUGUCUUCAGAUGAAUCCUUUGCUGGGGGCUUACACACAUCUUUGGAUGAUCUCUGUGGAAAAUCAGGAUGUGGAAACCAGGGAAGCAAAUUGGGAAGGGCGGCUGAUGGAAGUAGAAGCGAUACGUGCACGUCCUCAUGUGCGUUAGAGACAGAGAGCUCUCGCUCACCAGCACCGGCCAGUCACCUCCAUGGGUCAAGCCCUCAGAGAUCCCUGAAUCCUCCUGCAAAGGAGGAGGAGGUAAAUCGGCAGAAAGACGCCAUCGGAAAAGUGGUCACCCCCGACGAGAGGCAAGCCGAGGAUGUCCCUGAGAGGUUUGGUGAGAAAUACUGCUCGUCUUCUGCAGUGUCCCUGGCAAAAGUCUACCUUUCAGAGCGUCCAAGGCCCUGGAGUCCCUCAGCAAAGAGAAAAAGAACAUCUGUGGGCUUAGGUUCGCCUCCGGAAGGGCAGCCGAAGAAAAGGAGGCUCAGCCGGAAGUCUGUGGUGCCUGGGCUGCAGCUCAGGGUGGAGCCCAGCCCGCCGCUCGCGGCCAGGCCUGCCGCCUCCACUCCUGAUCGCGGGGAGGCCUACGAGGACUACUUCUCCCCUGACAACCUGAAGGAAAGGGGUUCGGAGCAGCUUCCUCCUGGGUCUCUUCCUCUGCCAAGCCCUGGUCCGCUGGGCUGCAGAAGUCUUUCUAGGAGGGAGAGAAUGAGCAUAUUAGAAAUGUCUGAUUUUUCCUGCAUUGGUGAGAACCCCAGAUCAGUCCCUGUGUCUCCGUCAACAUCGAAAACUUGCCCCCAACUCCAGAAACCUGCAAAACGUGAACAGAACCCAGAUUGCAUUUGCCUGGCUGCAGAGGAGACACCUGCUACUGAAGAAGGCCAGGGCUGUGCCGGGCAGACUGGGGACACCCGCCCAGGUGGAAGCCCUGCUCGACCAGAAGGACACAAGGGGGACUUGCGUCCUCCGGCAGGAAGGAAGGAGGAUGUGCGAGGAUCCCUUUGUGUAAAGAAUAGGCAGAAGGAAGGCUCCUCUUCCCCAGGGCCGGGCUCUUCUGGAGACGAAGCACCAGGCGAUGGCACACUGCAUUUGGGGGCUGAUUAUAACGUGGAGAGAUCUGCAGAAGAAAAGGAAAACUUAUGCACAGGAUGUAGCGAAAGUGAACCGACGAGGCAGGCUGCUUCGGGUGGCCCUCGUGAAGGCUUUCAGGACUGCAUCCAGCCUGGUGAGGAGCCAAAGGAAGGCGGGAAAGGCCAACAGCCAACAAGAACGUUAGUCAUGACGAGCAUGCCGCCUGAGAUGCAGAACGUCAUCGUCCAGGUGGUGGAUCAACUGAAAGGCUUCUCGUUUGUGCCGGAGGUCUGCGAGACCACCACCCACGUGCUGGCCGGGAGGAGGCUGCGCACUCUGAACGUGCUGCUGGGCAUCGCGCGGGGCUGCUGGGUGCUCUCCUACGAGUGGGUACUGUGGUCUUUGGAGUUGGGUCACUGGAUUUCCGAGGAGCCUUUCGAGCUUUCUGACCACUUCCCUGCAGCUCCUGUGUGUCGUCUGGAGCGCCACUUGUCUGCCGGGCAGUACCGGGGAACCCUCUUUGCCGAUCAGCCCAUGAUGUUCAUCACGCCAGCCAGCAGCCCCCCCAGGGCCAAGCUGUGCGAGCUGGUCCUCCUGUGUGGAGGCCAGGUCAGCACGGUCCCUCGCCAGGCCAGCAUCGUCAUCGGGCCCUACGCCGGGAAGAAGAAACCAGCAACCAAGUACCUGUCGGAAAAAUGGGUCUUAGAUUCAAUCACUCAGCACAAGGUCUGCGCCUUUGAAAACUACCUGUUGCCGUAGUGCUAAAGACACCAGCACGGGGCAUCUGCGAGGAGGAGCCAGGCGGAGGAGCCUGAGGGCACAGUCUGCCUGGGGCGAGGUGCUGUCUUACCUCCAGUGGGAGCCACUCACGGUUCAGAGAAGCAUGCCCGCCCUGCCUGGGCCCUCUCUAUGCAGUGCUGUUCUUUUUAUCUUAAUAAUGAUCACAAUUAAGAGACGGCAGAAUCUUUGUCAUUAAAGCACUGUACUUUCAAAUAAAGAGUGG